CGCGCGGAUACAAGCACGAACUUGACCACCAGGCGGUAGAGCACGCGCGCACGGCGACAAACGCCGCGUCGAGUCGGUCGGUCGAUCGGUCGGUCGAGAUGUGCCGCCACCGAACUAUCGUGCGUACGUACGCGCGCGACGAGAAGGGGAGAAGAGACUGGAGAGAGGUGCGCGCUACGCUCCUGCUAGCUAUAGCCGUCUUAGCCGCCCGCCGCUAUAUGCCCGUCCAACUCGCGUAGAGGAAGCCCUGCGGACGCCGUCCUCUCUGUCUCUGCUCCAUCGUCCACAUGCCACGGCCUCACCACACAACCACCUGACCACGCACGGUCGCCGUCAGUACUCAUCAGCAUCAGCACCUGCUGCCGUCGGCAUCGGCCGAUCAUGUUAGCCGAGCUCUCGGCGCGCCCGGCCGCGUCGUCGUCGCCCUCCCCUCACGGCGCGGCGCGGAGUGCGGCAGCCAGCGAGGGAGAUGCCAAGACGACGUCGCGGGGAGCAGGCGGAGCGUGGGCGGCGGCGGCGGCGCUCGCCCCGCGGGCGCGGUGGGCGCCGGAGUGGGACCGCGCGUACCUGCUCGCCUGCGCGGCGGGGCUGGUGGUCGACCCGCUGUUCCUCUACGCCGUCUGCCUCAGUGCGCUGCUCAUGUGCGUCUUCCUCGACGGCUGGUUCGCCGCCGCGGUCACCGCGCUCCGGUGCGCGCCGGACGCCAUGCACGCCUGGAACCUGCUGCUGCGGCUCCGGGACGCGCGCGCGCCGCUGGCUCGGGAGGACGACGCGGACGAGGAGGCGGCGCGGCAGGGGCGCGACGACGCGCGCGGCGGCGCCGCCGUGCCGGAACGACGGGCGAGGUCCAGGAACAAGAAGGGGAUUUUCCUGGACGUGUUCGUCAUCCUACCGGUGAUGCAGGUGAUCGUCUGGGCGGCGGCGCCGGCGAUGAUACGCGCGGGCUCGACGGCCGCCGUCAUGACCGUGCUGCUGGUGGCGUUCCUGUUCGAGUACCUGCCCAAGAUCUACCACUCCGUCCGCGUGCUGCGCCGGUCGCAGGACGCCUCCGGCUACGUCUUCGGCACCAUCUGGUGGGGGAUCGCGCUCAACCUCAUGGCCUACUUCGUCGCCGCUCCCGCGGUGGGCGCGUGCUGGUACCUGCUGGGCGCGGCGGGCAGGCUCGCCUGGGCCGGCAACGCCACCGCCAGGGGCACGUGCCUCGACAGUGGCGACAACUACCAGUACGGGGCCUACAAGUGGACGGUCAUGCUAGUGGCCAACCCCAGCAGGAUCGAGAGGAUUCUGCUCCCGAUCUUCUGGGGGUUAAUGACUCUCAGCACGUUCGGGAACCUGGAGAGCACGACGGAGUGGCUGGAGAUCGUGUUCAACAUCAUCACCAUCACCAUCACCGGCGGGCUGAUCCUCGUGACCAUGCUCAUCGGCAACAUCAAAGUGUUCCUAAACGCGACGACGUCCAAGAAGCAGGCGAUGCACACGCGGCUGCGGGGCGUGGAGCUGUGGAUGAAGCACAAGAACCUGCCCAGGAGCUUCCGGCAGCGGGUGCGGCAGUACGAGCGGCAGAGGUGGGCGGCCACGCGCGGCGUCGACGAGUGCCGCAUCGUCCGCGACCUCCCCGAGGGGCUCCGCAGGGACAUCAAGUACCACCUCUGCCUCGACCUCGUGCGCCAGGUCCCGCUGUUCCAGCACAUGGACGAGCUGGUGCUCGAGAAUAUCUGGGACGGGGUAAAAUCGUCCCUCAUACUCCCCAAAGGAGAAGUCAUCGUCAGGGAAGGGGACCCGGUGAGGCGGAUGCUGUUCAUCGUGCGCGGGCACCUGCAGAGCAGCCAGGCGCUCCGGACCGGCGCCACGAGCCGGUGCACGCUGGGCCCGGGCAACUUCAGCGGCGACGAGCUGCUGUCGUGGUGCCUGCGGCGGCCGUUCCUGGAGCGGCUGCCGGCGUCGUCGUCCACGCUGGCGACGCUGGAGAGCACCGAGGCGUUCGGGCUGGACGCCGCGGACGUCAGGUACGUGACGCGCAACUUCCGCUACACCUUCACCAACGACAGGGUGCGGCGCAGCGCGCGCUACUACUCGCCCGGGUGGCGGACGUGGGCGGCCGUGGCCGUGCAGCUCGCGUGGCGGAGGUACAAGCACCGCAAGACGCUCGCGUCGCUGUCCUUCAUCCGCCCGCGGCGGCCGCUGUCGCGGUGCUCGUCGCUGGGGGAGGAGAAGCUCCGCCUCUACACCGCGCUGCUCACCUCGCCCAAGCCCAACCAGGACGACCUGCUGUGACUGCAGGGGCCGCCUCGUGUGUCUGGAGUCUGAACAAACGCCAUGCUUGUAUGUUGUACGGCCUGCCGGGUCAGGUAGAAGCAAAAUGCCACAGGCUACUGGUAUAAGUGAAUGUCAUGUUGAACUCGAGCAUUGAGCAGGAGCUCCAGGUCUACGGCUUUACUGGUUUGAUGAUAUGGCCCGUGCUGUG